AUAGAGCUUAUUAUUCUUCCUCCUAAUUUCGCGCUCCCAGAGAAGUGCCUGAGAACAGUGAAGCAUUUUAAUAAGACUAAAUCUACGGCAUAGACUUGUAUAAGCAAUUAAUAAUUAUUUCAAGAACUCAAUAUGUAGAAUCCCAGAUAAUUCUUCGUCAGACCAUUUUGAGUGACUUUCUGACUGAGGCGGGCCGCGGGCGACUCUAUUGGGCUGUUGGAGUCAAUCGGCCCUAUCUGCCACUCCCCAUUCAGCCCUUCACGGGAGCGCGCCGACUGGCUGUGUCACGCAAGCCUACUACCGACAGGCGAGCCACAGGCACGGAAUUCCGAGGAGGAAGUUACUGGGAUUGGAAAAACAACCUCAAAACCAACUGCAUGAAUAAAGGUGUAGGGGCGCUCCUCUGUAGGAAUACAAAAGUGUUGGGUACUAUGGACUAGUGGUGGUCGCAAUCGAUGGAGGCGGCGAGAAGUUUUCUGUUUCUCCGGUUACUGCUGGUCGGACUUUCGGGCGCAUUGGGCAGAGAAGUGUGUCUGGGCACAGACAUGAAGCUGGCCCUGCCCUCCAGUCUGGAGAACCACUAUGAGACCCUGCGGCUGCUCUACACUGACUGCCAGGUGGUGCACGGCAACCUAGAGAUCACACAUCUUCGGGGCAAGCCGGACCUCUCCUUCCUACAGGGUAUCGUGGAGGUGCAGGGCUACGUCUUGAUUGCCCGUGUGUCUGUGAGUGUGGUGCCGCUGGACAACCUGCGCAUCAUCCGGGGAAGCCAGCUGUACAACUCCAGCUAUGCUCUGGCUGUCCUGGACAACACCCUCCCUCAAGAAGGGGUGGGCCUGAGGGUGCUCCGCCUCCGCAGUCUCACAGAGAUCCUGCUGGGUGGAGUGCAUAUUUGGGGAAACCCCCAGCUCUGUUUCCCAGACCCCCAGCACAUGGAGUGGAGGGACACACUGGAUGAAAAGAACACGCAUGCCAAGCAGCUCCGCCUGCAGGCCCGGGCCCCCAACUGUCCAAAGUGCUCCCCUGCCUGUGUAAAGCGAAGCUGCUGGGGAGAGACGGAGAAAGACUGCCAGACCCUGACCCAUGUGCACUGUGCAUCGGGGUGUCUGCGCUGUAAGGGACCCGAUCCCAAUGACUGCUGCCACAUGCAGUGUGCUGCCGGUUGCACUGGGCCCAAAGACUCAGACUGCCUGUCGUGCCGUCACUUCAACGACAGCGGGACGUGUAAAGACAACUGUCCGCCCCCCACCAUCUACGACCCGGUCACCUUCGUGUCCAAACCCAACCCCAACAGGAAGUUCAGCUUCGGGGCCACCUGCGUCAAGACAUGUCCCUAUAACUACCUAGCCAUGGAGGUGGCCUGUACCAUGGUGUGUCCUAAAGCUAACCAGGAAGUGAUUAUCACCCAGCCUGACGGCAAGGAGACACAGACACAGAAGUGUGAGAAGUGUGAAGGGGAAUGUCCAAAAGUGUGCUAUGGGCUGGGCAUGGGUGAUCUCCAGAGCUCCUCCUGGGUGAGCUCCUCCAACGUGGCCCAGUUCACUGGCUGCAAUAAGAUCUAUGGCAGUCUGGCUUUCCUUCCACAGAGCUUCACAGGGGACCCAUUGGCUAACAUGACAGGUCUGACCCUUAGUGAGCUGGAUGCAUUUAAGAAUUUGGUGGAGAUCACAGGAUAUCUGUACAUUGAUGCGUGGCCAGCCAACUGGACUAACCUGAGUGUGUUUGAGAACCUGAAAGUGAUCCGAGGAAGGAUGCUCUAUAAAGGAGUGUUCUCUCUGGGGGUCCAGUCAAUACAGAUCCGUUCUCUGGGUCUGCGUUCACUCAGGAGCAUCAGCGGGGGUCUGGUCCUGCUCCACAACAACUCCCAGCUCUGCUACACCCAGGACUUGCCCUGGGGGACCCUGCUGCACCCCACCCAGGGGCCCCACCGAAUCGUCAAUGCCAACCAGGACCCCCAGGAGUGUGUGGUGGAGGGCCGUAUGUGUCACCUGCUGUGUGCUAAUGGCUGCUGGGGGCCAGGGCCCAGCCAGUGUGUGGCCUGUGUGAAAUUCCAGCGUGGGAAGGAGUGCGUGGAAGAGUGCGACAUCUAUCAGGGUUCCCCGAGGGAGUUUUUCGACAGCUCCGAGAGAGUCUGUGGCGCCUGUCACUCAGAGUGUCGCCCCAUCAAUGGCUCUGCCUCCUGCCUAGGCUCGGGGGCCCACCAAUGUACAGAUUGCCUGCAUUACCAGGAUGGGGAGGUGUGUGUGGAGAAAUGUCCCAGUGGGUUGAAGGAGGAGCAGCACACUGUGUGGAAAUACAGCAACGCCACGGGCCACUGCCUCUCCUGCAACACCAACUGCACUCUCUCGUGCACUCAGAAGGAUGAAAGAGGCUGCCCCAUCCAUACUAAAACAGGGCCGGGCACUUCGAUCGCGGCUGCAGUGGGCGGGGCGGUGCUCUUCCUCAUCCUAUUGGGUCUGCUGGUGUUCUACCUACGCCGACAGAAACAGCUCAAGAGGAAGGAGACAUUGAGGAGGAUCCUCCAGGAGCAUGAGCUGGUGGAGCCUCUGACUCCCAGCGGAGCCCUGCCCAAUCAGGCCCAGAUGCGCAUCCUCAAGGAGACUGAGCUAAAGAAGCUAAGAGUUCUGGGCUCAGGAGCCUUCGGCACUGUCUACAAGGGGGCGUGGGCGCCUGAUGGGGAGAAUGUGAAGAUCCCGGUGGCCAUCAAGGUUUUGCGGGAGAACACCUCACCCAAGGCCAACAAGGAGAUCCUGGAUGAGGCGUACGUAAUGGCCGGUGUGGCCAGUCCCUAUGUGUGUCGUCUGCUGGGUAUCUGCCUGACCUCUACAGUUCAGCUGGUCACCCAGCUCAUGCCAUACGGCUGCCUGCUGGACUACGUCCGAGAGAACAAGGACCACAUCGGCUCCCAAUACCUCCUCAAUUGGUGUGUGCAGAUAGCGAAGGGGAUGAGCUACCUGGAGGAUGUGCGUCUUGUGCACAGGGACCUGGCAGCACGUAACGUCCUGGUAAAGAACCCCAACCACGUCAAGAUCACUGACUUCGGCCUGGCUCGCCUGUUGGACAUAGACGAAACAGAGUACCAUGCAGACGGAGGCAAGGUGCCUAUUAAGUGGAUGGCGUUGGAGUCUAUCCUCCACAGGAAGUUCACCCACCAGAGUGAUGUGUGGAGCUACGGGGUGACUGUUUGGGAGCUGAUGACCUUUGGGGCCAAGCCCUAUGACCUGAUCCCGGCACGAGACAUCCCAGAGCUGCUGGAGGGGGGCGAGAGGCUCCCCCAGCCCCUUAUCUGCACCAUUGACGUCUACAUGAUCAUGGUCAAGUGCUGGAUGAUUGAACCAGACAGCAGGCCUAAAUUCAAGGAGCUGGUGACAGAGUUCAGCGCCAUGGCACGAGACCCACCUCGCUACGUAGUCAUCCAGAAUGAUGACAAGAUGAGUUUGUCCAGUCCGGUUGACAGUCAGUUCUUCAGGAUGCUACUGGAGGAGGAGGGAGCAGAAAUCAGAGACCUGCUGGAUGCUGAGGAGUACUUGGUGCCCCAGCCCAACUUCUUCAGACCCCAAGCGGAGACCUCAGGCCCCAACGGCCCCUCACGACACCACUCACACAGGAGUACGGACCAGGGAUUGGACAGCGAGCCCUCCAUGGCGGGCGGCCCGAGAAGCAUGUAUUCCUCGGUGAGCACCCUGGGGCGCAGCCAGUACCCCACUCUGCCCAUGGGGGCCAGCGCCAUCUCCAACGGGCCCUGGAACUCCCAUUACCCCUCCCUCCUGGCCCGCACCACCUCACACCUCUCUACGGGGGGACACUCGGACUCUGUGUUCCUGGACGGGGGUCCCGAUGACGCCCCAGCGAGCCCCGGGCGCUAUUGCAAAGACCCCACCUUCCCCAAUGGAGGAGAGAGCGACCUGGAGACGGAUGGACCGUCACCGAUGCAUCAUUAUAAUCAUCUUAAUCAUCACUCGCUGCCCCGUAGGGGUAAUGCGUAUAAUCAUAAUCACGCGUUACCAGAGUACAUCAACCAGGAGGUGCAGGACCUCCGGCCGGGGGCCGUCGAGCGCCCCAGCACCCUGCCCCGCAAGGGGGCAGCCGAGAGGCAUCGGCACCUCCCCAAUGGCCUGAGCUCGGGACACAGCGUGGAGAACCCGGAGUACCUGGUCCCCAUGAUGACCUCCGGCUCCACCUCGCCUGCCUUCGACAAUCCCUACUACCUGGACCUGGUGGCUAAGGCUGGGGCCGGAGGGGGUGGUGGUGGGGAGAGGGAUGGGGGCCCUAACCCUCCUCCCAGGCAGGUGAAUGACUUUGUGACGCCCACGGCAGAGAACCCAGAGUACCUGGGCCUAGCAGACACCUGGAGCGGCCAGAGAGAGCACACCUGAUGAGACUGACAGGAAAUUUAUGUGAGGAGGCAUGAACCUGGGUUACAGACAGGUGAUAGGGUAGCUACUGCUGUAGAAAAGAAGGAGAGGGGGAGGGAUGGACGAUGGGAACGAGUGUGUGUGUGUGGGAUGCAGGGGUAUGUGAGGACUGUGUGUGCCUGUGUGCAUGGAUUUGAGAGAAAAUGCAUUAAGAGUGAAUGCACGUUGAGUGUCUGAGAUUAAGUUAGCAUGAGUGGGGAACUAGUGUGUGAUCGAGUGAAUGGAGGUGUACUGUGUGGAGUAGCACUCACAGGACUGUCAGCCAGAGGAUGUCCAGCUUGUAUCUCCUGAAAACCUGGGGUGUUACACAACACCACCCAAUACAAUGUAGCAUUAUCGGAGGGACGUUAUUAUUAGCGUGUGUGUGCUGAACUUGUUUCAACGCGCACCAAGGUUUCUUUCUUCCUUGUCUCCCUACGGUAGCACCUCAAUGUCAACAUUUUUAACACAGCCUCGGAAACAACACUGGGUACUUUGAAGGUCAAGGAAAUUCACUCACCGGAAAUAAACAGUUCUCAAAUCCUGACUAUAUGGUACUACUAGCAGGCAAAAGACAGACAGCACCACAAUAUCUAAAUAUUUUAAGUAAUCUCAUGAUAAAUGGGAGAAUUAUCCAAGUAACACUGGACUAGGGAUAUAAAAUUUGAAAUAUUUUAGUUUUUAGAUUAAUUUUAUUGAAAGUUAUCAUUCAUGUUUGUGUGGUAUAUUGUCAUAUUUGUGCGUGAAUCAUUAUGUGAGUGUCUGAUUCCCUUAUCCUUUCCUUCUUGUAAUCAUACAUAUAAGACAUUGCUCGUCUUCCCGGUUUUAUGGGGGGAAAAUGUACAACACACUAAUAUGUGUGGGGCUUCAGACAAAAACAACCUAGUUGGCAAAACUGGUUGAAAUGUAUUUAACCUAUUUUAGCAAGGAGUCCCAUUGAGACCAAGGUCUCUUUUGCAGGGAAGCCCUGUAUAUGAUGUCUUUUAAAACCAUUUUCCCCCACUGGUAAGCCAUUUAUAUGCUUAUAAGGAAGAAGUUUAAUAUUCUGGUGAGCAGCUCGAAGACCUGAUGGUGCUCGGUACAAUCAAAGCCAUUUUGUUUGGCCAAGAGAAGGGCUUUGCUGACCAUCUGACCGACAUCUGUACCCCAUGAAAGAAAUACAUUAUGCAUUUAGAAGACAGCCAUUGUGGCCAGAGAAUACAUGUGUUCAUUAAUGUGGCUUUAAAAUGAUAGAUUGACAUAUAGAAGACCAAGGGGGUUUGUGUAAACUUGGACUUUGUGCAGUGUGCAAUGUUCUUGAUAAGUUCUUACAGCAUACCAGUGACAUUUCUGGGAAAAGGUACUACUGUACGAAGGAAUUCCAGGUUUCCAGCUGAAUAGUGGAAAACCACAUUGGCAAAAGUUUCACAUUUUCAUUUGAAAAGGUUAUUUGUGUUUUAAUUUCAGUUGCUUACAAUGCAGUAUGUGCAAUACAUGCACUGCAUAACUCCCAAAGUUUCCAAGAUGGGGUCCAGUGUUAUUCUUCCACUGUGUCCCAAACGUUGUGAUCAUGGACGCCCAAGAAAAGUGAAGAUUGAGUUCUAAUACUACGGUUGAAUAUUUUGAGAAUUUGGUGGCCCUGAAGUUGGAAGAAACCAAUGUAUUUUUAUUCUUAUGACACAUGUUUUUAUUCUUGCUGAGUGUGAUUCUGAAGAGGGAAAUGUGUCCCUCGUUGUUUUUGAUAAUCAAUGCAAUGAUCAGAUUCCUCUGGGCAACAAGCCCACACUUCUAGUUAAUAAUCAACCGCAUUUUUUAAACGGCGAUUUCCAUGUUAAAGGCCCAGUGCAGUCAAAAAUGUGAUUUCUCUCUGUUUUAUACAUAUUUCCACACUGAGUUUGGAAUAAUACUGUGAAAUUGUGAUAUUGCCCUUUUAGUAUAAGAGCUGUUUGAAAAGACAGCCUGAAAUUUCAGCCUGUUGUGGUGGGAUGGAGUUUUUGCAUGCCUACCAGGCAGUAAGUUAGUUAAUAGACCAACAAGAACGAGUUCCAAAAUUCUGCCAAUGACAGCUAGUUUUCGGUUUUCCCCUCCCCACUCAGACCAAUCCCAGACAGCCCUAGAAAAAAUAUUGUUUGAGAAAUUGCUAUUUGCUAAGAAUCUAUUUUUGUUUAUUUUUGACCAUUUUAAUUUUGACCAUUUUAAUUGAAAACAAUCACAGUAAGGUUCUAAAUUGUUACCCAGAAAUUAUUUAAUAUUGUGAUAAAAAUGGCUGCAUUGGACCUUUAACUUCUCUGGCUGUGAGGGGGAUACUGACAAGUCAAUGGAGCCAUUGUUUCUUUAUGGACGUGUGGGAAGAUCAAUAACUCUCCUACCAACUGUCCCCUCCACCACCAGUGAACACGUUUCUGCUUUGAAAAGAGGGCGAAAUCCUGGGUUUUCUGGUGUGAAAGUUUUGGAGUUGGCAUGGAGGGAGGGACUGGGAACUAUCCACCAUUUUUGAAUGGGGUUGUAUGGAUUCAUAGACUUUUAAACAUGUGACCUAAAAGGAACGAAUAACUGCAACGCUUUCGACAGGAAAUCACCAUUUUGCCCCUAUUCAGCCAAAUGUUUGUUCCCAAGAUCUAUAUUGGUUCAUCAUGGAUUAAGGUGCAUGCACUUUUUUUUAUGAGAAAACACUCCUGGAAUCCAAUGUACUUUGCAAGUGCCAAUUAAUCUUUGCUGGUUAGUUUCCUGAUAGUGACCAAACAAUGAGCUAUGUGUGUCAUUGUCGGGUGGGGAUGGUUAAAGUAUUCAUAGAUUUUUUUAAUGACUUUAAAAAAAACUUUUCUUCCCUGAGGUAUUGGCAACGGCACUAGCAACAUUUGCUUUGGAAUCUUGUUGUCCUCAUAUGGGUAAGCUUAGAAUUUUAGCCGCUCAUAAAUGUGUUGCUUUUGUUUCUGAAGCAUUUGGGAUGUCUUAACAAAUUUGAUAGAUAUUGAUUAUACAACUCCGAAGUUACGGCCAAUAGCUUUUCAUACAACCAGCAGUUUUGUACUCGUAGAAUUUAGACGAGCUUUGUCAGCAGUUUCUGAUGAGCCAUUGACAGAUCUCAUAUCGUUUAUUUUAGAUUUUUACAUACAGUAUAUUGACAGUCAUUCCCUUCCACGUGCUGUAAAAGUUUCAUGACUCUAGGACCAAUCAAAGUCAUUCAAAAUACCUUGAGGUUCCAAAACUAUAAUAAACAUUUUUUUUUUUAAUUCCUGAAAGUUAACUUUUUGGAGAUACAAGGUUUUCCACUGACGAUAUGAGAAAUCUGGGGCCUAUUAAAGAGUUUAGUGCUAUUUUACAACGCCAGAGAUUUCAGACAAGGGCAAAAAAAAACUAAACUUGGAGGAGCAACCACACAACUCCAGUCCUCAAGAGAUACUUACUCCCAUCCACAUUGGUUAAUUUAGACUUGGGAAGCCUUAAUCAGUGGGCUCAUCAGCCAAUCAGCCACUAAGUUAAUCACAGAGGCGCAAGCAAUCCAAGCUGACCCUUCAGGACUGGGGUUCCCUCCCCCUACAUGAAGUUCUGCACUCUGACACUGUAUCUGUGUGCGUGUUUGAGAUCGACUACAUUGCUGUCGGAGACUGCAGACUGACUGAUCUACAAAUCAACUUGCAUCCUAAAUGACUACUCUUUAUGAUUUUUGGAUAAGUCAGUCUGCAGUUGCUAACUGCAAUGUAGUUGAUCUAAAAAAAAAAACACAAUUUCAACAGCCUCUACCCUCCCCAAGUCUCCCCUUUAUAACAAAUUAAUGUGAGGAUGGGACCGUAGGUGGCAUUUUGUACUUUUUCUUGUGAAUAUUUUUAUAUACAGUAUCAGUCAAAAGUUUGGACAUACCUACUCAUUCAAGGGUUUUUCUUUAUUUUUACAAUUUUCUACAUUGUAAAAUAAAAGUGAAGAGAUCAAAACUAUGAAAUAACAUAUGGAAUUAUGUAGUAACCAAAAAAGUGUUAAACAAAUCAAAAUAUAUUUUAGAUUCUUCAAAGUAGCCACUGCCUUAUGACAGCUUUGCACACGCUCAACCAGCUUCACCUGGAAUGCUUUUCCAACAGUCUUGAAGGAGUUCCUACAAAUGCUGAGCACUUGUUGGCUGCUUUACCUUCCCUCUGCAGUCUAACUCAUCCCAAACCAUCUCAAUUGGUUGAGGUCGGGUGAUUGUUGAGGCCAGAUCUUCUGAUUUAGUACUCCAUCACUCUCCUUCUUGGUCAAAUGGCCCUUACACAGCCUGGAGGUGUGUUGGGUCAUUGUCCUGUUAAAAAACAAAUUAUAGUCCCACUAAGCGCAAAACAGAUGGGAUGGCGUAUCAUUACGAAAUGCUGUGGUAGCCAUGCUGGUUAAGUGUGCGUUGAAUUCUAAAUAAAUCACUGACAGUGUCACCAGCACCACACACGCAGAGAUCAUCCGUUCACCUUCUCUGCGUCUCACGAAGACACAACAGUUGGAAACAAAAAUCUCAGAUUUGGACUCAUCAGACCGAAGGUCAGAUUUCCACCAGUCUAAUGUCCAUUGCUCAUGUUUCUUGGCCCAAGCAAGUCUUGUCUUCUUAUUGGUGUCCUUUAGUAGUGAUUUCUUUGCAGCAAUUUCACCAUGAAGGCCUGAUUCACGCUGUCUCCUCUGAACAGUUGAUGUCGAGUUGUGUCUGUUACUUGAACUCUGAAGCAUUUAUUUGAGCUGCAAUCUGGGGUGCAGUUAACUCUAAUGAGCUUAUCCUCUGCAGCCGAGGUAACUCUGGGUCUUCCUGUCCUGUGGCGGUCCUCAUGAGAGCCAGUUGCAUCAUAGCGCCUCAAACUUCUUGACAUUUUCUGAAUUGACUGACCUUCAUGUCUUAAAGUAAUGAUGUACUGUCUUUUCUCUUUGCUUUCUUUAGCUGUUCUUGCCAUAAUAUGGACUUGGUCUUUUACCAAAUAGGGCUAUCUUCUGUAUACCACCUCUACCUUGUCACAACACAACUGAUUGGCUCAAACACAUUAAGAAGGAAAGAAAUUACACAAAUAAACUUAACAAGGCACCCCAAUUAAUUGAAAUGCAUUCUCGGUGACUACCUCAUGAAGCUGGUUUGAGAGAAUGCCAAGAGUGUGCAAAGCUUUCAUCAAGGCAAAGGGUGGCUACUUUGAAGAUUCUCAAAUAUAAAAUAUAUUUUGAUUUAACACUUUUUUGGUUACUACAUGAUUCCAUAUGUGUUAUUCAUAGAUUUGAUGUCUUCAUUAUUAUUCUACAAUGUAGAAAUAGUAAAAAUAAAAAAUAAACCUUGAAUGAGUUGGUGUGUCCAAACUUUUGACUGGUACUGUACAUUGAGGGUUUGUUCGAUUGGGAUGUUUCCUACCUAUCAGUGAGCCAAAAAAAAAAAAAAACAUGACGUAAACAUCCACCAUACUAGCAAGGAAGAAAAUAAAAGCUUUUUGUAGCAAAUAUGGUUGUAUGUGUAAUAACCAUGCAGCUAUGCUGGCUACAGUGCAAAGAGGAGUCAUAUGUAAAAAAAAUAUUUUAUGAAGAAAAUGUGUAUUUUUUAUGUAAUGAUUGGUUAUAUACACUACGUGUGCCUUAAUACAUGGAAAACAUCCUUCAA